AACACAGCUAAAUAUAACUAUUGUUAAACAUUCUUCCUAACUAGAAUUAUGCUUCAGUGAAUUUGUGAAAAACCGAAAACAAGGUGCGAUAAACUAGCAUCAGAUUACAGGCAUCUGAUCGAAAAUAGGUGCGUGAAAAGGUAAUGGUCGGAUUGAUAAUUGCAAAUUCAGUUGCCCACAAAAUAACUACACUGCAUAAUCCCAAUCAGGUCACACUUUAAUAAAACGAUUGCAACAAGUUGAUAAGUGGUAAAGGAAGAACGUGACAGUAAUUUUCUUCCACCAGAAAAAUUUCGCGUGUAGUACAAGCUUCAUCACGGAGAUAUUGGAUCUGUUUAAAUAUUUUGACGUUGACGAAAUGGAUUUCUGGGGGUUGUUGACAUUCAUAUUCCUGGUCAUGUUUUUUAUAAGCUGCUGCAGCUACUGCUGCACUGUAAAAAAACGUGGCGUCGUAUUGUCGACACCCGUUGUGGUGACAUCAACGACGCACACCGCACCGGGUGGUUACCCGGUCGCACAAAUGCCGCCUGCCACCGGCUAUCAACAGCAAGCCAUGUACCCACCGUAUCCAACACAAGCAACCGCUCACGGACAAAUGCCGAUGCCGAUGCCAGCUGCGACAUCGCCUGCGCCUGGCGUGCAAGCCUAUGUGGCACCGUAUCCACCAAUGCCUACGGCUACUAUGAACCCACCCAGCUAUGAAGCCGCUGUGGCAGGUGUAGGGGUUGGUCAACCAAAUAAUGCAAGCAGCGGUUACGAAAAACAAGCUCCCUACAAUCCCAACUACAAUGCCUACUAGAAUAACGAGGCGUGGCUAGUUAAACUGUUGUCAAAGAACAGCAAAACCAUGUAGAUUUGAUAAAUACUAAUAUAAGUAUACAAACUUAUUUGUUAAGAAAGCCAUAUAACAAACGCAUGUGGUGCUGAUAAUUUUAAAAGUAUUGUUUUCUGCAAAAACGAUAACAAUAUAGUAUAUAGGGAGUGAAUAAGAAAUGUGCGAAUGCGAUGCUAUGCAAUGGAAAAUAAAUAGUUUCCUUCGGGGCGACUAUUCAGGAAAAUGCAGACGUGAAAAGUAAAUUUCAAAAUUUAAUGUACAAAUGUUUUGGAAAAAUGCAUGUCUUCUGGAAGCAAUUCAAAUUUAGCGUAAAUUUCUAAAACGGUAGAGGAAGUAUACGUAAAAUUAAAUUUAAUGACAUGAAAAGUAAAUUCAUAAAUUUAAUGCACAAAUGUUUUCGAAACAGGUAUGUCUUCUGAAGAGUAUUCCAAAUUUAGCGUAAAUUUCCACAAUGACAGAGGAAGUAUAUGUAAAAUUGUAAAACUAUUUUUAAUGAACUGAAAUUCAUAUUUCUAGUUUUCAUACACAAAUUAGCACCACUCCUUAUAUUUGAUAUCUAUUAUUUACCUCAACCAAAGAAUGCUUUAACCAAACCUAAACAGAAGGAUUCUCGAUGUCUAACACGAUUGCACAGUAAGAGAAUCCCCCUUAUGUAUUAGUGGAUGAUAUAAGAACUAUCAAUAAUUCCUGUACCAAGUCUUACAACCGAAACGCUGUAUAAUCAAAUGUGUUUGAUUUAUUUUUAUAUUUUUCCUACAUUAUAAAUAAAUAAAAUAUUGGACUGCGUGCAAAGAAAUUCAA